CAUCUAAAUCCGGAGAGCACACAAAGCCAUCUGUCUGUACCAUAGCACCGUCUCCGAAACCACGGCAGCUCCUGUAGGAUAAAAUUGUGAUAAGGGCUAGGGCAAGGGCCUUAGGCAUAUGGAAGAAUGCUUCAACGCCUACCUCCUGAGAUAAUUCUUCUGAUUUUCCACCACCUCCACCACGAAUUCGAUAGACAAGACCUCAUACGCCUUUGCCAUGUAUCCCGUGUAUUCAGACAACUCGCGCAGCCAAUCUUGUUCAGCAAGUUUGAUGUGGAUAUAGGCCCUGCGGAAUUGUGUGCAAACAACUUCGUGCCUCUUACACUCUUUACGAGAACCGUACUCUCGCGAGGCGACAUCCGAAAAGCCACACGGGAAGUGGUUGUGAGAGAUCUAGAUGACCCGGGUUUAUCAGAUGACGUGAGGGACACUUUGUCUUUACCAAGUGACACCCUCACAAUGCUGGUUAACGAAAUGGAAAGGCUAGGUAUUGACAAGAACGCCUUUCCCAGGUAUUCUACGGAUAUAAAAUCCGGAGAAAUUAAUCCUGUCCUGGUGGUCUUGGCCGCCAACCUGGAAAGACUUGAAACGCUUAAGAUAUCUUAUGUGACAGACCACAUGAACAGCCUGCUGAACAUGUUUGAUACUGGCAUGGCUCAACCUUAUUUCUCCAACCUCACAUCAAUCGAUAUCGAGCUUGUCCGUGUGAAUGAGGAUCCGGCUAUGGAUAUCAUUUACACCGAGACAAUAUUACCCUUGCUGGCUCUCCCGCGUCUACAACACUUUAAAGCAAAUCGUUGCCUUGGUGAUGAUGUAUACCACCCCGAAGAGGGUAUUACCCCAAAUACCAUGAACUUUUCAUCCAUUUCGCUGGUGGAUAGCUGCCUGGACGAUAUGACAUUGGCUGAAAUAACAAUGGCUUCCAAGAGUCUUCAAUCCUUCACGUACGUGGUCGACGUUGAUAUUAUUGAGAAUCUAGAAGACUCAGACCCUACCAACACCGAGGAACUCAUGGAGAGUUUAUGUUGUCAUGAGGAAACUCUAACCGAAGUGCAUAUCGAAAUGAAGGAACGGUCCCGGGCCCGAGGGGGAUCAGGCGAACGCCCCACUACUUUUGAAUCUUUCGCCCCUUUAAGAAACCUUCAUGAGCUAGACAUCGAGCAGGCUGCUAUAACAGAUGCGCCAGAGUUACCCGAGUCAUUGCAAGUGCUGCGGAUCAGGACCUGCACCUGUUCUGUCUUUGACCUGGUAGAAUUCCUCGUCAAAGAAAGAAGGACGCGUCUCCAUAACCUUGUAGAGGUCAAGGUUGCACCACGAUCCAUGCCGUGCACUGCGAUGUUGGGCAUGGAGUCGUCAUUCCUUGAUGUAAGAGUGUUCACAGGGAAGAAGUCCGAAGUGACUGAGUUUAAAGAAGGGGUCAUAAGAAUGGAGGCAAUUGUCCGUGAAGCUGAUUUCAAAUUUUAUGCGGAGUGCAUUUCCUACAAUAUUAUGUUGAGGCGGAUGCGAGAAGGCUUGGAGGGAAAGGAAGAUGCAGAGAGAAUUUCAGGGCGAUAUGAUACUGCAAAGGCGGAAUAAUUUGACAGAAUAUGCGGCCAUCGAGCCCAUCCAGUCAACCAUCUUGGUUAUCCAUUUUCUGCUUAUGACCUUUCCAACUGAGAUUUAUAUUUUUUAUUAUAUAUAGUGACUUCCUUUCUUGAAACUUCACGUUGAGAGUCAAACAUUGUAUGUAUGCAAGAGC